GUUCAGGGACCCCCUGCGAAGGAAGAUGACGGCCGACUCGGUCAUGAAAAUCAUCUUUUCACUCAAACAUCGUUCCGCCAUAUUAUUACAGACAGUUGUGCUUGGCUCGUAUUGCAGCACAAAAGCGCCUUUUAAGGAGCAAUGGCUUAGGUGGUGGUCGAAACCAAUUAGGUAUGUAUAUUCUACAUUCAACUUCGACUCCUUCGAACCUUAUUUCAUCUCAUCGAACGCUUUUUGGCGAAAGAUUCUCACACAAAAGGAAGCUUUUGCUCUGAGAUCUGGUGAACACGCUUUGCUGUUGAGAAACCGAAAGUUAGAUCUGAGCAUUUCGGUAAAACUAUGCGAUUCUUAGAUAAUUUGUGUUGACGAAAGAGGUUUGGAAGGGGCACGUUCUAACUCUCAGUAGCAUAGUAAUUCAUUAUUCUAGUAAAAACAGAGAAACCGCGUAUGAAAGAUUUCAGCCUAUUUCAGACUUGUAGUUUGCACUGAGAUAGGCAAGGAUAUUUGCAUAUAAUAAUGUAAAGGCUUACAUGUGAUCACUAAGUAAGCAAACAUAUGUUGUCUUUAGUCUCCCACUGUUGGAAAAAGGGGGAUAAGGCAAAAUGAUGGUACUUCAGUUUAUGAGAAUUUUCCACUUUACCAUACCCGAGUAAUCACGGACCACAUAUGCCAUCAAGGAUAUGCCUCAUGAAAUGCUAAAUUAUUAUUACAUGCUAGAGAAAACAUCGUCAUGAGCAAUAACCUGGUAUGGUACAGUAAGAGCCAGUGAGGAAAGUUUGUAUUUGUGCAACUGAGAUAUUGCAUUUUUGAUGCUUUCUGCAUAUUUAUUAUAAAAUGUUUAAAAUCUCUGGUGACUGCAAUUACCAAACUUUCCAUUCAGGGGUAAGAGUCCAUGUCAACAUUCAUAUUGGUAUGCAUAAUGUUGAAUCAAUGCUUCUGCUUGAAGUUUUCUUACUCUCGAUUUCAAUUUACUUUUCAAAACUGACUUCCAAUGUUUACUUGUAAAUUCGGAAUGUGCGUUGUAAAGUUCCGAAGUUUGUUUCGAAGUUCGUUACGAUGAUUUACGAUGAUUCAAUAGCAAGCGAUUUGAUUGGCUGGUUCACUUAACUAGCCAAUUACAACUUACUAAACUUGAUUAUCGUAAAUCAUCGUAACGAACUUCGAAACAAACUUCGGAACUUUACAACGAACAUUUCGAAUUUACAAGUAAACAUUGGAAGUCAGUUUUGAAAAGCAAAUUGAAAUGGAGAGUAAUGUUGUCUGGCAAGUCAAUCUAGUCCAAAGGGUCUUAUUCAGCUCUUCAGGUAUCCGUUUGAAGUCCUGGUUCGAAUUACACACUGCCUCUGGCGAAUGGCUAUCUAAUGGGCCCACAAUAGUUGGUGUAAACUGUUGUGGUGUCCUGCCUCUUGUUAUGUUUCAUGUAUAUGAAUUGUUGUACGUUUUUUGUCAAGGCGAAGCUAAAUAUAUAAAUAAAUAAUGUUUUCGUAGCACUGGCAAAAUUUGCUGUUUGCUGGCCUAAAACAAGAUGGGUGGUCAUAUUAUGUGUAAUCUUGAACUGUCUGUGGCAGUGUAGGUAGUGGCAAUAAUAUAAACAAGUGUUCGUUUGUAGGGAUGCAACUACCUGAAAAAUAUAAGGAGAAUUUCGAUGUUUCCAGUGAAGGCCCUUCAUCUGUAGUUAGUAGCGGAGUUAAUAUUUCAAGUUAACUCAUUUACCCUAAUAGACACUUCCUAAAUUUAGUGGCUGCCAAAGAAAACUACUUAUUUGCAAUUGAUUACUUUGGCCAAAUUGAUUUCAAGCUAUUGUUUUGUGUGCCCUUAAGCAAAUUUGGGAAGUGUGUCUAUAGUGCCUUUAGGGUGGGUAUGAAUAUUGCUUGUCUGAUUAUCAAAACUGUAAUAUCGCCACUUGAAAUGUUGCAUUCACAAUGUUGUUAUCAUUUUCUACCUGUCAUGCUACUGUCUCAACUUAGACAGAGCUUUUUCAAUUGACAUUAUUUCAUUUUUUCUAUGUCCUCAUGUCAAUGCAAUGUUACCUGUAAGAAUCAACCUGAACAGAGCUUCCCGAAUGUGCCCUGCCGCACCCUACUUUGUUAUUUUGUUUAACUUGACAACCUCUCUAAUUUUCAAAGGCCAACAAAUAAACAAAGAUGGAGCUGUCGUCAGUGGGUCAGGAGUUCACUCCUGCAGCACCUCUACAUAUCCAACGUCUUAAUAAGGCAUUACAGUUGGAUGUUUUGCUCAGAGAGGCAGAGAAAGUUUUCACUGAAGAUUUGAGGUAUUAACAUGUACACUUUCAUUUUAUGUGCAUGCUAAAUAGGUAUUUAAUCAGCCAGGUUUAAGCAGCCUUUUUCUGAGGCUGUCUAGCCUUUUUUUAGAAAUGGCCAGGAAAAUGUUGUACUUAACUCAUUAAUUAAUCAGCAUUGUAUCCUGAUGCACCCUACUUCAUUCUUUUACUGCCAGAUAAUUUUGCUCAUCAAGGGACAGCAUUGGUGGUCAGUGGUCUAAUCAGUGUCUAUAACAUAAAUUUACCUGCAGAUAUGAUCAAAUGCACUUCACAGUAUUAUACACACAACCAAUUACUUAGCCAGCCUAUAGACUAAUAUUAUCUUUACAACAAUUGUGGUAUUACUUUGAAUUCUUAACUAUGUUUAUUCUCACCCACUCUGUCAACUUUCCUUGUGGGAGGAAACCAGAGGAAACCCACAAGUUCAGGCAGAGUGUUGAUGGACUCUUUUCAUAUGAGUCCAUCUAUAGUGAGAAUCAAACCCACAAUCACAGAAUACUACACAGAAGUCUGUCUCCAUUGUUUUUUGCGUAAGCGUUAUUCGUCAUGAUUCGUCACUCAGCAAGUACCGUAAACAGAAGCAGUCACCCCCCUGGACGUGUGCUAUUUUUAGUAUUUCCAGGGGGGGGACUGCUUCUGUUUACGGCACUUGCUGAGUGACGAAUCAUGACGAAUAGCGCUUACACUAAAAACAAUAGAGAUGGACUUCUGUGUAGUAUUCUAUGCCACAAUCUUAGAGGUGAAAGGUGCUUGUUAUUGUAUAGUGGUACAGAUGAGAGUGAAUUGAGUGACCUUGACAGAGAAUUUGGUGUCAACAUUACUCCAGCAUAUAAACAUUGGCCAAUAGGAAAUGAAGAUGGUCUUGAAGGUACUGUAGUACUGUAUAUAUUGUAAAUUUUAUCCAGUAGCACAAUGCUGGGAAUUAGCAACGGCAUUCGGGAACACCAUCGCAAAAUUUAGUGCUGUACUUAAAAUUUGCAUCAUUGUAAUUUUUAUAUGAGUAGGAACGAAAUAGUUUUUUUCUGAAUACUGCCAUGAUCACCUAAUUCCCAGUGCUGGUAGUGUGUAAUGUGCAAUUGUGUGACAUUAAUACCUUGGAAAAUUAAACAUUAAUAAUAAUUUGACCUGUUGGUACAUUUUAGAAAGUUCCUGGGAUAAGUCAAACCUUUACAAUUUUUCCAAAAUCAAAAAGAACCGGGAGUGGUUGAAGGUACAGUGUCCUUUAUGAAAGACUUCAGGAACUAUUCUAAAUAAAAAAAUCCACAUUUAAUAAGACCAUCCAAUGCUGACACCAUUUAUGAUGGGGUCUGCUAUACCUCUUUACAACAUAUUCUUGUAAAAUUAUUCAAUGUUUUCAUCAGUUCCAAAUAAUCGUAGAAACUGUUUUAUAAUUAUUGCUAUAAAUUGAUCAAGGCAAAGGUAACAUUGAUCGGUAAGCCUAGAUUGUCAUUAGUACUAAAUGGCUACUGAAAUACAGUAUAUCAAAUAUUCUUGUACAGGAAAUUCUGUUAAGUGAGAGUUCAGAGAGCUCGGAUGAAGAACAUGACCCAGUUACGGAAGACGAUUUCAAGGAAAUGCUUCAACUGCAUAAAGAACAAAAACUUUGUCGAAGAAAAUACAUGCUUGACAAAAAUGUAAGAUAUUAAAUUUGUUGGUUAUGUAAGAAUGUAAGAUAUUAAGUUUGGUUUUUUUUCAGGGAUUUUUUAGGACCGUAAAACGGCCCUAAAAACUCAAUCUUGAAUUGAGUUUUGAAACUCAAUCUUCUCACCAAAAGAUUCAGUGCAGUAAAAAUGAAGUUGUUUGAGUUAAAUUUGUGACGUGUGGAAGUUAGUUUCAGUUGGAAACUCGACAAUCAGGAAAAAAUGGCUGGAAUUCAUUUCACAACACAAGAAAAACAACGCAUUCGCCAUCUUUAACCAGUUUAUAGUGUCUGCUUUAACACAUUGCGUCUCAACUACACUUAUUGGGUACAGGAAUCAGCCUCCCACAGCUGCUCCAGACCCCCAGCUGUUCAGCUAAACUCAAUCUUCUCUGCAAAAACGGACCCAAGAGAAAAUCCUGAAGAAAAAGACCCUGACAUAGUUGAUCAAUAAAGCAUGGCAAAAAAGUUUUGAAUUUGGAGUCACAGUAGCUCCUUAUCCUAUGGAGUAGCUUCACUCCAUGGCUCCCUACCCUUUGCGGUCAUGUGGACUUUUAUCCCAGUAACAAGACGACAACAUGGCGCUGAUUUCCUUGGUGUUUAUUUACAAAUUAAUUCUAAAAAUGAAAAGAUUAGUAAUGAUCAAACUUAAACAGACACUAUCGAAGUUGUAAAAUACCCACUGCAGUAUUUUGAGUCAAAAUGAUAGAUCAUUUUGCAUGGCACCACAGAUUAUGUUUUUACACAAUUUUGAACAAGCAGUAAUCAAUCACUACUGUGUUAAAAAAUUAACUAAUACAUGUUUUGUAGCUUGAUCGAUACAAGCAUUACAGCAUUGGUUUACUGUCUGGUCAGGAUAAGUUCCAUGAAAUCCAAAGACCUCGUGUUCCAAAGAAACUGAAAGAGAAGGCUGAUACAGCAGGUAGUUAUAAUUAAUGGGCUAACAAGACACAUUGGCAGAUUUUAGUAGAUAGUUACUUAAUUAAUGGGCUACUUUGGCGAAUACAUUAUGACCGCAUUCUUUUCAAUUACAUGUAAUUUAAAGAAAAGGGCAAAGUGAAAAAGGAAAAAUUAAAAGGCAAGAAGAAAAAGAAAGGAACAGAUGAGGUGGGAACUAAAUUUUUUGCAUGACCAGUGUAAAAUGUUGAGUUGGUAUGUGCUAGGUAUGUCCCUUCAAAAAGUUUUGUUUAGGCAGAGUAACAUAAAUAGAAUGCACUGUGUCAGCCUGCUGUCUAAUGUUUUAUAAAAAGAAAUGUUGGCCAAGAAUUUGGUUAAUUUAUUGAUAAGUAAGACCUGUUUACACUUGCAAUUUUUGCUGUGAUUUCUAGUGCGAUUUUCUUCUGACCGAUGUGAACGAGUAAAUAAGUUAUGAAUGUUUCUUACAUGUAUCCUCAUGUGAACACUCAUCUACUCAUUCACAUACACAGGGUUCAAAAUAAAAAUUUCAAAUUUUGAAAUUUUUGUAGGCUUUUUUGUAUAUGUACAUUUUUACCGGCUGUUUUCAUCAUCUUUGACAACGAGAGUGUUAGCGUGCGCCGUUAGACACGAGGGUUACCAGGAAAGCCUUGAAAUUUGGGCAAGUUACAAAAUGCCAAAUAUUAGCUUUACUACAUAUACAGUUAAAUGCACUUACAGUGUAUAAACAAGUGAUCAGUUUAAUCUACUAGUUAUGAAGUUUUCUUCAAUCAUACAAAUUCUCACAGGAACUAGUGACUGUCUAUAUAAGUGGCAAGUACAGUACGUAGUUGUGCCAGUCAGAUUCCGCUUCAGAUGAGCCUCUCAUACCACAAUCAAAGGGAACAUCUUCAACACUAUAUAUUGUCUCUUGUUCUGAAUCAAUAACUGAAAUGUGAAAAAACAUCGCCUUUCCCGUUUAAAAAUCGCCGGUAGGUGUCCUGAAAAUGCCGGCUGCAGCCGGCCGCUAUUUUGAACCCUGCAUACAUCAGGAGACGAAAAUUGCACCUAAAAUCUCAGCAAAAAUUACAACUGUAAACAGGGCUUAAUUAACUACUUGACUGGUAAAAUUCAUAGGAAUAUAUUUAUUGUCACACAAUCCGACAAAAUGUAUUCAAAACAGCUCUGCUGACAUUUUGUAUAGUAUCAUUCUACUUAAACUUAUUGUCCUAAAAAUUUAGAGCAGACCCAAUACAAAUUAUUUGCCACAAUAAAUUCAAAUCAAAACAUUGUCUCAUAGGAAGGUGUGAAGAAAACUGCUGAUGAAAAGACUGGGAAGAAGCGACAAUCUCGGGCAAAAGAUGCUGAUGUCAGACGACGCAAGAUUUGGGCGUAUAUAUCACGCAAAGAAAUACCAAGGGUGAGAAUAUUUACUAAUUUAUACAGGGUAGCUGUUAAUAUUAAAUUAAUGGGUGAUUCCAGCUCUAGACUAAAUUUUGAUCAAGGCAAGAAGAACGAAAUCCAACACCACAGCUAGAAAGAGCGUCUUAGAAUGAGGAAAACUGCAAAGAUUGGUUGCUAAAUGUUGUAAAAUGAAGAAAAUAUAGCCCUGUGAAGUUAGCAAAUUGUGUAUAUAUUUGUAUUACGCACAGUAAAAAUAACCACUUUCGGCUCAAAAAUGGUUAUUUUUCACGCUCGUAAUGCGAAUAUAUACAAAAUUUGCGAACUUCAGGGCUAUAUUUUCCUCAUUUUACAACAAUUUGCAAUUAAACUUUGCAAUUUUACUCAUCUUAAGAUGCUCUUUUCAGCUACUGUAUGGUAAUGGAUUUAGUUGUUCUUGUCUAGAUCAAAAUUUCGAUCAAAAUUCAUAUUUUGUUUUGAAAAUUUUUUGUUCUCAUAAUUUCGUAUCUGUUUUAGACCCAAAGACAGAAAACAACGGCCCGAAAUACCAGUUUACAGAAUGCUAAAAAGGUAAACAUUUACGAUGUGGUGAGUUUGGACGCUACACUUCACUUAGACUAUAUUAGCAACGACAAACAUCAGCGUAAUGCAGAAGUGAUGUGCAUCAGUGAGCUCCAUGAAGUGAGGGCAAGAUGGCGGAAAUUGAAGAGCUAUUGGACUCGCUUUUAAGAGUACCGGUAGUAAUUUGUUGUAAACUGAUUAAGAUAGCGAAUUCAAGUAUAAAUUUCAACAACACCAACAACUUGCACCUCUGUCAUAGAAUAUUGCCUAUUGAUACAGUAAUUCUUCAAUUGUUAAUCUUCACUAGCUUCUCGUGACUUCUUGCAUUUAGUUGGCUCAGUUGUGUCAAAAGGAGAUGAAAAGAGAAGCUUUGAGAUCUCAAAAAGUUGGAGCACAAACAGUUCCCCGGGCUAGAAGACUUGCAAAGGAGGUGCAGUACAGUAACGAUUACAGUACACUACCAGGGUGUUAGCUACAGUCAAAACGUUGGCGUUAUACACCGUUUUCAUAAUUAAGGCUGAUUUCCACUGUUGCGUUUUUCGUACGCACGUACACGCACGUAAAACUUUGAAUCCUUCUAUUUUUUUAAGUAUUUUACAAAUACGUUAACAAAUGCAUAUUAAAACUUGCGGAACAUUAAAUUCUGUUGCUUUUUGAUUUGGUUAUUUCAUAAGUAACAUUUAAACGGAUUUAAAGUUUUACGUGCGUAUACGUACGUAUGAAAAACGCAACAGUGGAAAUCAGCCUUUAAGACCGUUUUCCACUCCAACCAUAUCGUACGGACAGAAACUACCGAAAAUAUCAUUGUAAAGGCCCGUUUACACUUGCAAUUUUUGCUGUGAUUCUAGUGCGAUUUUCUCCUUCUGAUGGAUGUGAACGAGUAGACGAGUUACGAAUGUUCGGAGUAUAUGUACCCUCACCUGAAUAUUCAUAACUUAUCCACUCGUUCACAUCCAUCAGAAGAAAAUCGCAGUAACCGCAAAUCGCAGUAAACAGUCCUUUAAAAGUUGAAAAUGUUCAAUCGUGUGUCGGCCAAUCACAUUUCACAAAAUUUUCUUUGUGCGGAAAAUUUACCCGAGUGGAAAUGGGCCUUACUAAUAGCACAGAAUAAGAAGGUACAGCAGAAGUGUAACUCAAGCAAGUAUUUGUCCGCGUUUUUACAAGCGAUUCAUCAUCAAUCACGCCAUCCUGGCUAGUACUGUACAACCGGCACUUUGUACCUACCAAAACCUGGUAAAAACUUCCGGUUCUACUAGCCAGGAUGGCGUGAGCGAGUUAAAAUUUUCGUGGACGUAAAACAAUAAAGGAACCGACUCAAGUUACACUUCUGCUGUACCUUCUUAUUCUUGUGCUAAUAGCCUAUAGAAAUCACGUUCUUCUCUUUGUAGAUGUUGGUUUAUUGGAAGAAAUAUGAAAAAGUGGAGAAAGAGCACCGGAAGAAAGCUGAGAAGGAAGCGAUUGAACAACGAAAAAUAGAUUUUGAAAUGAAUGAGGUAAUUGAAAGAGUGAUACUUCAUGUAUUUUUUCAUUAAAGUGAUCAUUGCCACACCUUUAUACUUAUGUGUACAAAGUAUUUGCGCACAUUUUUUAACCCAAUAAUGUAACGCUCCUAUGUGCAUCAUUACCACUGUAUUUAGGCGAAAAGACAGCAAAGGAAACUGAACUUCUUAAUAACGCAGACGGAACUGUACGCUCAUUUCAUGAGUAGAAAAUUGAAAGGUAAUCUCUCUUCUUUGAAACAUAUCGUUUGCAAACUUGAACCUAACUUCUCACGAGGUCCUUAUUAUUUGUCGCUCAAAGGGUGACUCGGUAAUAGAGGUGUGCAUGGGAUCGGAUUGCACGUUUAUAAUCCGAUAAUUGGCUAAUGUUUAAAAUCCGAUCCGAGUUUUGAUAAAGAAUUCCGAUCCGAAGAAUCCUUUAAUAAAAUAAAUUUCUCAUUGAAGUUGAAAUAUUUAACCAAAUAAAUAUAAAAGCAAGAAAUACAUGUCAAGAAGCUGACAAAGUGACGUCCAAUUGAAGUAUCAAACGAAUAAUGCAGCGAUAACCGCGAUAAUGCUUUGACAAAUGCAUGGCUAAUUAAUCCUUGCGAUAAUGCGUGGAUAAUUGAUAUAUUUUAUUUCGAAUAUCGAAGUCCGAUCCGACUACGAAACAACUUUAGCACUCCGAUCCGAAAUGUAUAUUUUUGUUCCGAAAUCCGAACGAAUACGAUCGGAUCGGAUUUGCACACCUCUACUCGGUAAUGACAGAAAAUUCUUAUACAGUAAUAUUUGACAAUCUAAGGUCCAGGAUCGUCUGAUGCAGCUCAGGUUGAUGGAAUUCUUAAGAAACUCGAAGUGAGGUUGCCUGGAUCUAAGUUGAAGAACAUGGGGGGUGGUCUCGUCAUCGAUCUGGAACAUAACGAUGAUUAUGGUGAGUUCAUGGACUCGAAUAGACAAUUCCCAUUCUAGACUAAUUUUAAAACAAGGCAAAGAGAUGCAAAGAAAUCACCAGUCACCACAGCUAGAAAGACCAUUUUCGGCCCAGAUGUGGUAGCAAUUUCCUCACGCAAUACAAAAGUAUACAAAAUGUGCAAACUUUGCAAGGCUAUAUUUUCCGCAUUUUACAACAUUUCGCGACCAAACUUUGCAAUUUUACUCAUUUUAUAUGUAUGCUCUUUCUAGCUGUGGUGAUUAAUUUGCAUGUCUCCUUGCCUAGUUUUAAAAUUAGUCUAUAGUGGAAAUUGUCUAUUGCACGGCUACUUGGCUCCAUGUAAAAGAAAUUACAACAAACAUCAUCCAAGUGUAUCAUGAAUAUAGUUUGGAAAGUUUGUCCUCAACAGAAUUUUUUUUAAAUUGUCAAAAUAAUUUAGUGUACUAAGAGAUAUCAUUUUGGGGGUCACUGAUGUGGUUUACGAAUUAAAUUACUUUAAAGCCAAAAUAUCCGCCAUAUUGAAACGCCAUUGUUGCCAUAGCAACGGAAGUUGCGUAACUUAUGUGAACUCUUUAUAAUUAUAUUAUUUUACAUAAGUAGGAUACUUCUUUGUUUUUGAACAAGUAAUAUACUUGUUCAAAAUACGGAUCUGAAUCGCAAAUUUUCCAUUUUUAUAAAACUGUGUACAAAGCCUAAUACGUUUUCCAUGUUUGUUUGACAGACAGUGAACAAAUGAAAAACCAGGCAUUACAAAAUGCGAAACAAGCUUUCAACGCUCAUGAAAACUGGGUAGGUUCAGUGUUCACUGAAUCACAGAAUAGGAAGGUAUAGCAGAAGUGUAACUUGAGUCGGUUCCUUUAUUGUUUUACGUCCAAGAAAAUUUUAACUCGCUCACGCCAUCCUGGCUAGUACAACCGGAAGUUUUUAUCAGCUUUUGGUAGGUACAAAGUGCCGGUUGUACUAGCCAGGAUGGCCUGAUUGAUGACGAAUUGCUUGUAAAAACGCGGACAAAUACUUGCUUGAGUUACACUUCUGCUAUACCUUCUUAUUCUGUGACUGAAUACACGGAACAUACACCACAUAACCAUGUUUAAAUAUUGAACAAAAAUAUAAAAUAUGGUUUCGUUGAAUUAGACCAAGGCAUUUGAUGAUGGUGAGAAGAAACAAAAUAAUCAACAAAACUGUAAGUACCAUCAGACGUCAGAACGAUCUUUUCGUUUCACACGUCCUAUUUCUUGUACAGAAUCGUCGUCGAUGAUUUUGUAGUCUAGAGUAUGAGAAUAUUAUUUUGUUGUUUAGUUGAUCAAGCUUUUAGUCUUGCCAAUCCAUCAAUCAAAGGACAAGAUGUUCCGCAACCUAUGAUAUUCGACGGUUUACUAAAGUCGUAUCAACUUAAGGUAACGUGGACAUGUAUUUAGAAAUGUGCAUGGACCUACCCGCAGGGUGUGAUCAUUUCUAUUGCCGCUUAAGCUGGAGUAAUACGAGCAACAAAAUUUUGCUGCAACUUGCAACAAAAUCUGAUUUCAACGCAUGUUAAUUGAAAAUGUUCACACAUACAUUACAAAUCACGAGUAAUACGUAUUUCAUUGCUUAAUACGUAUUUCAUUGGUUAAUUGGGCAGAAUAAACGCAUCUGAUUGGUUAAAAUUAACGGUAAUGGUAUUGAAAGUUAAAAUAUGAAAUUCCAUUGGCCGUGAAUAUCCGUCUGGUUUAUAACGAAGAAUUGAUUCUUUGAAAAUAAUUAUCGACCUAAUUUUGUAUUUUAGGGUAUGAAUUGGCUUGUGAACUUGUACGAACAGGUAUGUAUAGUAUACUAGGUAUACAUGAUUGAUUUGAUGGAUAAAUAAUGAGAUUUAAAAGAUGGGAAACUGGUCAAACUUUUCUCUCACGUGAAAACAUAAAACAUAAUUAGAAAUUACAUGCUACAAGUAUCGAAUCUGGGUUAUGGCCACAGAAGAUGAAGACACUUCCUUUACCCUCUUCCUUGAAAAUAUAUGUAUGGCCUGUAAUUGUAUAUUUUAAUAUAUUGUUAUUUACUUGUACAGGGUAUUAAUGGGAUCUUAGCCGAUGAGAUGGGUUUGGGAAAAACAGUUCAGUCUAUUGCAUUUCUUUCAUACUUAGCAGAGGUAUGUUUUUACUAGUACUUAUUAUGAUUAGGGCUUUGUGCAGUAGAACUGUUAGAUUAGAUAUGUAUGAUCUUAAUUAGAUCAAUGAUUGAAUUAAUUAAUUAAUUUAUGAUCUUAUUAGAUUAAUUCUUAUGGUCUUAAUUAGAUCUGUAUGUAUAUAUACAUAUAUGUAUGUCUAUAUGUGUACUUAUAAAUUUGUCAAUCGUACGUUUUGCCAUUUUGGGAUCAGUGUAAAUUGGCCUGAAGCUGUUAUGAUUUCCUGUCACAUUUGUGAUGUUAUAUAAUAACAGGGCACGCAAUAACGGCCGAUCAAUGAUCGGCAGGAAAUUGCUUUUGAUCGGCAGAGAAGCAUGAUUGUCGAUCAUCUUGAUCGGCAAGAACCAUUGAUUCAAAAACACGGUUAAUGUUGUUAACGAACACCAUGCAGUACUACGGCAUUAUCACAGCACAUAUAAACACAACGUAUCCUAUACUGAUCGGUCGGAUUUUCAUUUGAUCAGCAGAAAAUCAUGACUGCUGAUCACCAUGAUCGGGAACCUUGGAAACGUUAUUUCGAGCCCUGUAAUAAUGUUAUUUGUCAUGUAUUCUUGUUGUGACAAAGCUUGUAAAAUGAAAUUACAAGAACUAAAACAAAUGGACGCUACCCCCAAGCAUUUUCAUAAGAUCGAGAAUAUUUUUUAUGUGAUUUAUUCAUUUCAAUAUAUUAUUCAAUAGGCUCAUAAUAUCUGGGGUCCAUUUCUUGUCGUUGCUCCUGCCUCGACUCUACAUAACUGGCAACAGGAGGUGACGAGAUUUGUACCCACGUUUAAGGUGAGUUUCGUGAAUCAGCGAUUAGAUGAGGUGUCCCAAAAACUGCAAAAGCAUGCUCCAGAUUUUUACACACCUAAUUUAUUUUAUAUGCAUCGUAAAUUCAAUCUUAGUGGUGAAUUUUCACACCAUCAUUUUUGAAGUUUGUGUAGUAGAACCAAUGGUAUGACUGUUUAAAGUAAGGGAUGAUCACACCAUACUGCAUUGUUAACACAACAAUGAUCCAUUGGGUGAACCGAACAUUCGUACUUCUUGACCAAUUUUAAUAUUCUUAGUAUCAAAAUUCAUAAAGUUGUUAUUAAUAAAAUUUAUAUACAUGUACAUUUACUAUAAAUAUUUGACUGGCACCAAAUAACCCAUGAUGGUCUGAAAGUCUUCGACAAUAUUCCUCGCACCCAGAACGCAGUUAAACGAGCUCGGUGUCAUGACUAAUGUAAUGGCAACAUGAUUGUUUUUAUAUUCAGGUACUCCCGUAUUGGGGGAAUCAAAGUGACCGAAAGUCCUUACGGAAAUAUUGGAAUAGGGUAAUUUGAUGUUAAGAACUUUGUUGUUUAUUUUUUUAGUUUUUAUGCACGAUAUAUGAAUUAAACCUAGCCUCCUCCGCAGGCAUCACCUUUAGAUUAUCGGGCAAAAUUUGUUUGCAGGCAAAAAAAAACCCGAUUCUGUAAAGUACGUGAACCAGGAGAUGCCUGCGGAGGUGGCUAAAUUCAACCAUUUGUAACAUUAAUUUUAUUAACUUUAUAUUUAUAGAAACAAAGUGACGUUCAUGAUAGAGAAAAUGCCCCAUUCCACGUUUUAAUUACAAGUUAUCAAUUGGUACGUAGCUAAAUAAAGUGCCGAACCUAGCCUGCAUAACGAUACAUUUCGUCUUAGAAUGACCCAAAUAUUACAGUCGCACUUACUCUGCAACAGGGCUGCAAAUAAAUAUUUGACUUGACAGGACAUUUGUCCGAUCACUUUUAAUUUUGGUUGGACAUAACCUGAAUUUGGUCGGACAAAAACCAACAUCACUAAAUUUGGUCGGACAUAAAACGUCACAAGAUAUACCCGGUAUAUAAGUCAUGAGCCAAGUAUGUAUGCCAUUCCGGCACAACGUUAAUUACAAGUAAAUGCUAGAACGCCUCGUAAAUUUUAUUGCAAAAUGCAAAUUGAGUGAAUUUGCAAUCGGAUUUUGUCACAACAAAAAAAUGUAUAAUGUGACAAUUUUUUAUGUGAUCGGACCAAUGUCCGAUCAAAAUUACUUUUGCUCGGACAUUUGCCAAAUUUAGUCGGACAUUGUCCGAUGUCCGACAGUAAUUUGUAGCCCUGCUGCAGGGUAGUAAGGUAUUGCAAAUCAAAGUUUAUAAUUACCCUUCGUUUCAUAUCCAGGUUGUUCAAGAUGUGCGUUACUUCCAACGAGUCAGGUGGCAAAAUCUGGUUUUGGACGAAGCUCAAGCAAUCAAAAGUAGUUCCAGGUAGGAAUUCUUCGAAGGAAAAUUCUUCCUUGAACUUGAGUGUACUUAAAAAGCGGUUACAGUAUCUCACCAUUCAUAGAUAACGUUUUUAUAUAGCACUCGCUAAGUUUUCUAUUUAAUUUUUAAGCGUUCGUUGGAAAAUUCUGCUUGGCUUCACUUGCCGAAAUCGACUUCUUCUCACAGGGACACCCAUACAGAACAGUAUGGCUGAGGUUUGUUUCAGACAAUUGCAUUGGUUAGAUCCAUUAGGG